UGUGCUGAUGAAGCGAGGACCUUCCGUUGGGAUGUGCGAGCCACCAGCCUGGGGGAGGUGAACAUCACCAUCAGCACCGAGGCCCUCAGCUCCAAGGAGCUCUGUGGCAAUGAGAUCCCUGUGGUGCCAGCCCAGGGGCACGUGGACACCGUGAUAAAGCCCUUGCUGGUGCAGCCUGGGGGGAUCCUGGUGGAGAAAGCCCACAACUCCCUGCUCUGCCAGGAAGCUGCUGAAGAAGUCUCCCUGGAGGUUCCUGCAAACAUCUUGGAGGGCUCCCAGCGAGCCCAUGUCACCGUGAUGGGUGACAUCAUGGGCAACGCUCUGCAGAACCUGGACCAUCUCCUGGCCAUGCCCUAUGGUUGUGGGGAGCAGAACAUGGUUCUCUUCGCCCCUAACAUCUACAUCCAGCAGUACCUGGAGAAGACUGGGCAGCUGCACCCUGACAUCCGCGCCAAGGCGCAGGGCUUCCUGCAGAGCGGUUACCAACGAGAGCUGCUCUACAAGCACAGCGACGGCUCUUACAGCGCCUUUGGGGAGAGAGAUCCCACAGGCAACACCUGGCUGACAGCGUUUGUCCUCAAGUCCUUUGGGCAAGCCAGAGCCUAUGUGGCUAUCGAGGAGCGGCACAUCACGGACGCGCUGCGUUGGCUGCAGAAAAACCAGCGGGAGACGGGCUGCUUCCGCAGCGUGGGAAAGCUCUUCAACAACGCCCUGCAGGGCGGCGUCUCGGAUGAGCUCUCUCUGUCGGCGUACGUCACGGCUGCGAUGCUGGAGCUGGGGCUCUCUCCCACGGACCCAACGGUGAGCUCAGCCCUGCGAUGCCUGGAGGCUUCUGCCACGGAUGACCCCUACACGCAGGCUCUGCUCGCCUACGUCUUUGGGCUGGCAGGGCUCAGGGGGCAGCAGCAAACCCAGCUCCAGCACCUGGACCAGCACAGCGUCCGUGCAGAGGGGCAGCUCUUCUGGCAGAGGAAAGGGAAGGCUCUACACCGCCCCCGUGGCGCUCCCGCCGCGCCAGCGGAGGUGGAGAUGACUGCCUACGUCCUGCUGGCCUACCUCUCCCAACCCCAAGUGUCCUCCGCUGACCUGGGGACAGCUUCACAGAUCGUCCGCUGGCUCACAAGGCAGCAAAACCCUUAUGGGGGCUUCGCCUCCACACAGGACACCGUGGUGGCCCUGCAAGCUCUGGCCAAGUACGCCGCCCUGACGUAUGGCAGCAACGGGAAUUUCACGGUGACCGUGACGCCCCCAACAGGCAACUCACAGGGCUUCGUGCUGCACGACAGCAACCGGCUGGUGCUGCAACGGGUGGCUCUGCGCGAGGUGCCGGGGACGUACAGGCUGCGUGCCCACGGGCAGGGCUGUGCCCUGGUGCAGGUGACCCUGCGCUAUAAUGUGCCGCCGCCUCCGAGCCCAGGGACGUUCGACCUCCGCGUGGAGACAGAGCCUGGGGAGUGCAGAGGGGAUGUCAGCACCAGCUUCCGCCUCCUCCUCCGGGCUCGUUACACCGGGGAGCGUCCCACCACCAACAUGGUUGUCAUCGAGGCCAAGCUGCCGUCUGGCUACACCCCGGAGAAGAGCUCUGUGGUGGAGCUAAAGAGGCAGAAGCUGGUGAAGAAGGUGGAGGUGCAGCCCGACCAGGUGACAAUUUACCUGGACCAGCUGACGAAGGAGGAGGAGACCUUUGCCUUCAUCGCCACGCAGGACUUCCCAGUGAGGAACCUCCAGCCGGCCACCGUGACGCUGUACGACUACUACGAGACGGGUGACCGCACAGAUGCCGCCUACAGCGCCCCUUGCAGCUCAGAGACAAACACCCGCCUGACUUCGGCCUCAGCACCCACCGUCGGGGACACUAACGCCUUCUCCGCAGGGGAGGAGCCGGCUGUGGUGAGAGACCCAGAGACGCAGCCAUGCAGCGAGCACGGGAAGGAGGUCGAGGCCAAAUAA